ACCUGCUACUUCCUCCACUCUCUACUACACACAUUCUGCGCGCGCCCUUCUCUCUCCAGAUCUACAUUCCGGGGAAGUUCCACUGUACUUGCGUUGUAGCAGUCGUUUUCACGGUGACCCCACUACCUAACCAGUUUUCGAUACCGGUAGUUACCUGAUGUUGCAACAGUUGUUUAUCACCGCGCUCACACUCUAUCCGUUUUUUGUCUGUCUGCUGUUUUUUUUAUCUUCUCUUUUUUUUAUUUUCUUUUUUCCGACCAGACUUUCCUCUUUAACUUCGGUUCGCGCGAGUCUAAUCGGAAACGCCCGAUAAGAGCGAGACAGUGUCAGGGUCAGUGCGAGUAGAGUGCCCAGCAUUGCAGCGGCGUGCAUAGUGUCAAGUACGUCGAGUUUGGCGUGUGUGUGAAAGGAGUUGUCCUCUCUUUCUCUCCGCCUGGUGACCGUCUUCGACGACGAACAUGUCUCUCAUCGUCGACUGCUUUCGCCGUCUAACAGAAGGAUCGUACUGCAAAAGCGAGCUUAAAGGUUACAAAGUGACGGAUGUGAGCCGCACACGAAAAAUCGGCAUCGCCUGUCGAAAUUUUCAAGACCUGAAACAAAAAGCAUGCUCAAAAUUAAACGUGACUAACGAUCCAGCGGAAGUAAAUGUCUUUCUUCUGGAUGGAUCGUUGAUCGAUGAGGAGUAUUUUUACACACUGGAGCCACAGACUACUUUAAUUUUGCAAAAGCCAGGAGAGAAAGUGUUAACCGACGCGGACAUUCUCUACGAUGCACUGAGACGCGUGAACAUCGAUUUCCUCACCGCCGGCGACAAGGUGGCGCAAUUUCUGACGGAAAAUCUUAAGGCAAAAGUCGCGCUGCUGAACAAAGCGUUGAACAAAGACGACUCCAAGACAGCUCUUAGCAUGAAGGACGAGCAUCCGGAGUGGUUCGAAAAUUUAGAAACUAAUUGCACAACCAAGGAAGCGUAUAUGCAUCGCAGAUGUCAGGACAGGAUACGGACUUAUCUGUACAAAACUAUAGAGCAGAUCAAGAGCUCAGACGUGUACAUAAACGACCGUAAGGCGAGGGAGCAACUUUUGUGCGCAAUAGAAUUCUUCAAACUUCAGCUCAGAGAGGAUCACUACUUCGGAUAUUACUUCGACAGAAGUAGAGCAAAGCGUGACUCGAAGGAUGACAGUGACGAGACCGAUUCUAGCUUUCAGUGUUACGAGCAUUGUCCGUGCAACUUCGGUCAUAUCAGCGACGAAACAUAUCUCCGUCAGCGAUAUCUCCGUCUUCCCGAAUCGUCGGAUACAAAUGCGACCACCGAUCCCGCUACGAUCGACGAAACGGACGCGAGAAAGCUGAAGGAAUCCGAGAAAACGGAAGAAGAAACGGCGAACAACGAAAAGCCGAAAAGUUGUCCUUAUCACGUGAAACCGCGAAGAAAGCAAAUUGCCAUUUGCGAUAAGAAAGGCGAGUUCAAAUGCGCGGGACGGUGGAACACGAAUGGCUGCGCUUACGGUGACAAACACAAAAUUAAUCCGUACAGAUCCAAAGAGGAACUCGCCUUAUUUUCGACCUGGAAUUUGGAUCACAAAAUCGAAAGGUCCAGAACGCUAGUUCCGCUGAUACUGAAGAUCUCACGACAGGACACGAUCAAUGAACAGGACAUCUACGACUGUUACGACAAUCUGUUUACCGUGAAGAAUUUAAGACUAGUUCAUAUCGUGUGUCACGAUAAAGGAUCGCACAAAUAAGUGUCAGUUUUAGAAUUACGCUUAUCUUAAAAAGUGUGAUUGAUUAUAUGAGAAAGAAUUUAAAAACACAAAAGAAUAAUGUCUAGAAUUAUAAUUAUUAUACACAAUACGCGUGUGUCGAGCCAUCUUUUCAUAUACAGAUCUCUACAAAAAAAGAAGUGUGUGUUUAUUAUAUUUAAAUGUGUUGUUGAUAUAGAAUAUAGAUUUAGUAAUUGUUAACGUAUUAUACUAUAUCGGAUACGCUUCCGUUACGGCACAAAAUACUAAGCAAUAAUAAGUAACUAACAAAUAAUCGCGACGGAAAAUUGUAGAAGUAUUAAGAAAAAUCAUUAUUUCUUAAACAAAUAAUAUUUUAAUUGCACGUUAAUUGCAAAUUGGAUGUUUACUUUCUGAUAAUUUAUCUUAAUGCGAUAAAAGAAAAUGGUCCAAUGUUAAAGAACAUAGAUAUUUAAAAAAAUUCUAAUAUAUGUACUCUUUCUCCUUUGAGUAUACAAUUCAUACUUUUAAUAGAGUGAUGUCAUCUUCAUUAUACAUAAUUCUUGAUUGAAAAAUAUUAUGACAUGAUCGAUAAUUUAUCUCUUAUUAUGAUUUUUUUUUCAUUUCUUACAUAUUUUGCUAUAAAAAAGAAUAUUUAAUGACUUCCUUAUUUCUAAGAUACCGUUUGCGUAGAUCAAUUAUUAAUGCAGAGUUGCGUAAGUCACAUUCGAUCUGAAGAAUCUUAAUUUAUGCAAAGAUUGCUGAGAACUACUAGCCGUUUAUAUAGUAGUACGUAUGUGCAACAUAUGUUGAUGAGCAUUGGGCAGCAUCUUCAAUGCUGUAGAUAAGAUCUAAGGAGCGAUAGCUCUCUCUAUUAUGUCAGAUCGGAAAAGUAGCUUAAGUAGUAACUCACUUCAAAAACUGAAUCAAGUCGGGAACUAAGGUUAUCUUAUCAGAUUUUGACGUGGAGAUCACUAUCGCUUCUCUUUUUUUUUUUUUUUUUUCGUGUUGCGAACAGUGUGCGACGCCGUAGGGUAUCUUUCGAACAUACUUUUAUUCCGACUGCUCGAUAAGAGGAAACAAAGUUCUGAUAUAUACAUGUAUAUGUACAAUACAUAUAUUUAAAUAUAUGUCUAUAUUUAGAGAAAAAAAAAGAUACACACAUAUAUAUUAUAUAUACACAGUAUUAUAUUAUAUAUAUAUACAGUAUUAUUAGUAAGUACGUAGGAACAAAGCGAGUUCCAAACAUUUUCGCGUGCGCGACUUCAUUUGUAUCGUUUUUUUUUUUUUUUUUUUUUUUUUU